AAGCAGCGCGCUUCGGCAGGCACCGCCGCUGUACGUCGCCACAUUGACCCGGCGUUUCGCGGAAUUUCUCUCUCAUCUCUAGCUGUGAGCCUCUCGCCGCGGAUUCGAGGUUUUUCGACAAAAUCGUCUACAGCCCUUUUCCCUCUAGCCCUGCAAGUUUAAAAACCGGUUGAGCCUACACCCACGACCAACCCAAACCCACAAAAACCUCAAAUCAUCCAAUAUGGCUCACUCUAACGUUUGGUUCUCCCGCCCCAGGAACUACGGCAAGGGCUCUCGUCAGUGCCGACUCUGUGCCCACCAGGCCGGUCUUAUCCGCAAGUGGGGUCUUGACCUCUGCCGACAGUGCUUCCGUGAGAAGUCCAAGGUCAUCGGUUUCGACAAGUACAACUAAGCGUUCCACUAUGCCGGGAGAUUUGGUUUAGAGGAGGGCAUGGGUUUGUACAUCCGCGAUGCUAUGGCUUGAUUAUA